GAAGUCCUCGUUCCUACAUCACAGUGCAUCGUGCACGCAGUCCCGGCGUUACGAGGCCUUGGGAAUGGAUCAUUACCCAGGAGGUUGGUGUUCAUGCGGGGGCGGCGCAGAGGACUUGACCUGGACUGACUGUAGCCUUGUGGAUAGGCUUGUCUGCGGAUGUGUUUCUCCCAUCUGCCCCAACAGAACCUCAUCGUACACUACCGGGGACGGCCCUACUGACGUUGAUCCUCUAAUUCGGUGAACAAAUCGUUCCCCACUAGGGCACUUUCAACGCACUCUCGAGUUGAGGUCCGCUGUGAAGUGGUCAGGCGCGUCAUUUUGCGCGUCUUUCUCCUGUGAGAAGCUCAAGGGCCUAAAGAUCCUGUUCCAUGGCGAACUCUCUGCCUAUGGAUUUAUCCUUCGAAAAAGAGCCCGUGGCCAUUGUGGGGAGCGCCUGUCGCUUCGCGGGUGACGCCACUUCUCCCUCGCGGCUUUGGGAUCUGUUAAAAAACCCGAUAGACCUCCGUCAAGAAAUCCCCACCAGCAGAUAUGAUCCGGACGGCUUUUACCAUCCAGACGGCUCCUUCCACGGACAUAGCAAUGUGCGGCACGCCCAUUUCCUUGACCAAGACCCGGCCGCAUUCGAUGCUGCCUUCUUCGGUAUCAAGCCGGUCGAGGCAAAGGCUAUGGACCCACAGCAAAGACUGCUGCUCGAGGUCGUUUACGAAGGGCUCGAGUCGGCUGGAAUCCCCAUCUCAAAAAUGAAGGGUAGCGAUACCGGCGUCUACGUAGGCGUCAUGUUCAACGACUACGCCGCCAUGAUGCUGCGUGAUGUGCAGGAUUUGCCAACCUAUUAUGCUACCGGCACGGGGCAGAGCAUAUUAUCGAACCGCAUAUCCCACUUCUUUGACUUACACGGUCCAUCAGUAACCAUAGACACGGCAUGCAGCUCCAGUCUCGUCGCUGUACAUCUUGCCGUGCAAGCUCUCCGGUCAGGCGAGUCGCGGCUGGCGCUGGCUUGCGGCGCCAAUCUGAUUCUGGGGCCUGAAGGGUUUAUCAUAGAAAGUAAACUUAACAUGCUGUCCCCAGAUGGCCGGAGUCGGAUGUGGAGCCAGGGGGCCAAUGGCUAUGCUCGCGGCGAGGGAGUCGGGGUCUUGGUACUGAAAACGCUCAGGGCCGCUCUCGAAGACGGGGACGAGAUCGAAUGUAUUAUACGCGAAACCGGUCUCGGUCAAGAUGGCGCCACCCCUGGCAUCACUAUGCCGAGCGCCGCCGCUCAAGAGACACUAAUCCGCAACACGUAUACGAGAGCGGGAUUGGAUCUCCUCAAUCCGGGCGAUCGGCCACAGUACUUUGAGGCCCAUGGCACAGGAACCCCAGCAGGUGAUCCCGCUGAAGCAGAAGCCAUUUACCGAGCAUUUUUCACGUCUACGGACGGUGGGCAGCUCCCUAACCCUUUGUCUCUCGGCAGAGGCCACCCACUCUAUGUGGGCUCUAUCAAGACGGUCCUCGGCCACACCGAAGGUGCCGCUGGAGUUGCUGCCCUAAUCAAGACGUCGCUUGUUCUGCAACAAGGUCUCAUCCCCCCUAAUCUCCUCUUCGACGAACUCAGUCAUCGCGUGGCCCCGUUUUACAAGAAUGUUGAGAUUCUCCGGGACCCAAGACCCUGGCCAACCACCUAUGGGGGGCCCAGAAGAGCAAGUGUAAAUAGCUUCGGCUUCGGCGGCACGAAUGCACACGCGAUUCUCGAAAGCCACGACAGCAAGGCGGACCACUUGCCUUCGUCCGUGGCCACGACUUUCACCCCUUUUGUGCUGUCAGCUACUUCUGAGCUCGCCCUCCGUGAAACCAUGUCGAAUUACGCUACCUGGCUCGACACUAUACAAGGAAACCUGGAUUUUAACCCUCAGGAUUUGGCCUGGACUUUACGGAAACGGCGUUCCGUUUUCCAGUACCGCACUUCCUUCACCGCAUCCUCGUUCGCGGAGUUGAGGGACAAAAUUCUAGCAAAGCUUAAGGAUAAGGAGAUCCCCGGAAUUGGCACUCGAGCUGUCUCGUCGUCCAUUUCCUCGGAAGAACCGUGCGGGCGCAUUCUGGGUAUCUUCACCGGUCAGGGCGCGCAGUACCCGCGGAUGGGAGCAGAUCUUAUCGAAAAUUCCUCGACUGCGCGAGGUAUCAUCAAACGAUUGGAGUCGUAUCUCGCCCAGCUACCAGAAGACAGGCCGUCGUGGUCCCUAGAAGCUGAGCUGCUAGCCGACCCUUCGGUUUCCCGGUUGCAGGGGGCGGCUCUGGCCCAGCCCCUUUGCACAGCGUUGCAAAUCCUGUUGGUUGACUUGCUCAAACUCGCCGGCCUGCAGUUCUCAGCAGUCGUAGGGCAUUCAUCUGGUGAAAUUGGUGCGGCAUACGCGGCGGGAUACCUUUCAGCUCGCGAUGCUAUGCUGAUAGCCUACUAUCGCGGCCUGCAUGCCUCACGGACGGCGGACCUUAGCGGCGCUAUGUUGGCCGUAGGUGGAUCCAUGGACGAUAUGGCCGAUCUGUGUGCGGACGAGGCUUUCGUAGGGCGCGUGGCCGUGGCGGCACACAAUUCUUUAUCCAGUGUUACCAUCUCCGGCGACGAGGACGCUAUCGAGGAGCUCGAGCUGGUGCUGGAGGACGAAGGCAAGUUUUAUCGGCGGUUGAAGGUGGACAAGGCAUACCACUCGCACCACAUGAUGCCGUGCUUCGAUCCAUAUGUUGAUUCCAUGAGGCGAGUGGGAAUCAAGCCGCUGGAGCGGUCCGGCCCGGAUCAACAAUGCCCCUGGUUUUCAAGCGUUUACGACGGCCGCGUGGUCGAUGGGAACUUGGGAUGGGGGUUGAACGGACCGUACUGGGCGGAAAACAUGACAAAGCCAGUCCUUUUCUCCGAGGCACUCGGAAAUGCUCUCCACGCUAGCUCGUACGAUCUGGUCCUCGAAGUUGGCCCUCAUCCCGCGCUCAAGGCACCCUCGGCUCAAACGAUGAAAGACUCUUUGGGUGUUGAUCUUCCGUAUCAUGGACUCUUAGCGCGCGGCAUGAGUGCCGUGGACGCCCUCUCGUCUGCUCUGGGAUUUAUGUGGGAACACCUCGAUAGGCCAGGAGUGGACCUUGAUAAAUUUGAGCGGGCUAUGACCGGCGCGGAAGGGCAUCGUUACCGCCUUGUAAAAGGCCUACCUGCCUACCCGUGGAGCCGCGAGAGGAGGUACUGGCACGAAGCGCGAAGCUCGCGCAAGAUGCGGUUACGACAUGACACUGUUCACCCCUUGCUCGGCGAUAUCACCACCGACAGCGCUCCGCACCAUGCAAGUUGGAGGAACUUGCUACGAGUCACUGAAAUGGAGUGGCUUGCGGGGCAUGCAGUCCAGGGGCAAAUUGUCUUCCCAGCCGCGGGUUACUUGGCCUCUGCCAUCGAAGCUGCGUGGCUGGUGGCUACGAAGAGCGGCAAGGAGGUUCGCCUUAUCGAGAUCUCGGAUUUCGCAAUUCACCAGGCUGUAGCGUUUGAGCAUGAUGACGCCAGCAUUGAAGUUUUAAUUGAGCUAAGCGAAGUCAUUCGAAGGUCUCCUGGUCUCAUUCGGGCCAAGUUCACUUAUUCUGCAGCCACAGACCCGAGCUCGGUGGACCUGAGUCUAGCGGCUAGCGGCGACGUGACCAUACACCUUGGUGAACCAUCUCCGUCUCUUCUUCCUACACGACCGCCCGUGCUACCGCACAUGAUUGACGUUGAACGCGAGCGCUUUUACGCUGCCCUGGCGGAUCUGGGCUACAACUUCGAGGGCCGGUUCCGUGCGCUUUCUAGUCUUCGAAGAAAGCGCGGAAAGUCGACCUGCGUCGUGAAUAUGCAGCCAUCAUCGCUGUUAAUCCACCCGGCCGAACUCGAUGCUAUGAUGCAGUCAGCCAUCCUCGCAUACAGCUACCCGUACGAUGGGGAGCUCCACACCCUGCACCUCCCUACUACAAUCACAAGGAUCCGGGUUAAUCCAGCAGCUCUGCGAGGUGGGGCGACGGAAAGGGUAGGACCGGGAGAACAAGCGCUGGUAGAUGCAUCCAUCGAUCUCAGGCGUGGUCAAGGUAUCGGCGGUAGUAUCGUUGCGAAUAUUAACCUCUACGCCCCACCUAGUGCGGCGUGUCGAACUGAGGCUGUCCACGCUGUCCAGGCCCAAGGCGUAGCCUACGUGCCGUUAAGGGGAUCGACUGAGGAGGAGGAUCGGCGCAUGUACUCUAAGGUGGACUGGAUUCACGACCGCCCUGAUGGCAUUGAAGCGUCACGCGGGCUGUGGGAAGGGGAACACCAGCGUAAAACAGCACACCUGCUGGAACGGAUCGCCACCUUUUACCUCCGCAAGUUUGAUCGCGAGGUGCCUCUGGACCAUCCGGCGCGGACCACGUUCCCCACCAAGUGGUACUUGAACCACGCUCGGCACGUGGCAGGGGUUGUAGAGAGUGGGAAGCACAAAUGGUGGCGGGAUGAGUGGCAUAAUGACACGGAGGAGAGUGUGCUGGAAGCGAGCAAGCAUCAUAUGCAUCUCCCUGACGUCGAGAUCAUGCAUUUGGUUGGUCGCCAGAUGCCCCGUGUUUUUGCCGGAGAAACAACCAUGUUGGAGGAGUUCCGAGCUGGGGGCAACGACGUGCUGGAUAGAUACUACGCCGAGGGGCUUGGCCUGCGGGAGCUUGCACGGUGGGUGGCGCGAGCUGUCAAGCAGCUCACAGAUCGGUAUCCGCACAUGAAUAUAGUGGAAGUUGGGGCGGGCACGGGCGGAGCCACCAAGGCCAUCUUCGGUGAAAUCGGAGACAGCUUCCUUUCGUACACGUAUACUGAUAUCUCGGCCGCUUUCUUUGAGAACGCCUCGGCUGUAUUCUCGAAACAUGGAAGCAAGAUGGUCCUCAAAACACUGGAUAUUGAGCGGGACCCUACUGAGCAAGGGUUUGCCUCCGGCACCUACGACCUGGUUGUCGCUUUCUUCGUUAUCCACGCCACGAGCGACCUGGAAUGCAGUCUCCGCAACUUGCGCAAGCUGCUCAAACCCGGCGGAUUUUUGGUGGUCGGCGAAGGCUCCGAGACGGGGACCGGGGCGGCCACCAGUGGCUUUAUCUUUGGGACUCUGCCGGGUUGGUGGGUCGGCACCGACAAAGGCCGCGUGCUGUCACCCCUUGUCUCCCCUCGAGAGUGGGAUAGCCUUCUUCGCAAGACUGGUUUCUCGGGCGCCGAUGCCGCCCCUCCCAUAUCCGUGGAGGACAUCUUCAACGUCUUUCCUGUCGUCUCUCAGGCCGUUGAUGCACAUAUAAAUUCCCUACGCGCACCACUUGACCCUGAAAUCGGCCUAGAACGUGCAGGAACCUCGUUGAUAAAGAAGUUGAUCAUCGUCGGCGGGGCAACUGCUUGUAGUUCCCGCAUCGUCCAGGGUCUUCAAAGCAUACUGGGGAAAAAGUUCGCUGCUAAGUCGUACCACUUCAAGUACCUCACGGACAUUGAUUUUGGAACCGCCGAUGGGGGCUCUGUCUUGGUCAGCUUGACAGAACUCGACUCGCCUGUAUUUAGAGACAUCACUCCAGAGCGGUUCAAUGCAUUGAAGACGGUACUGGAGCCGGGGAACACGGUGCUCUGGGUUACAAGCGGUCGAUUGUGCGACGAGCCUUUCGCCAACAUGACUGUCGCCUUCGGACGGGUCGCGACACACGAGACUCCUGACCUUCGCCUCCAGCACCUCGACAUUCACGAUCCCGAGCAGGUCAGUGUCGACGUCAUAGCUGAGAUGGUUCUCCGCCUUCACGCUCAAGGUUCAGGGGAAGAGAGCAAUAAUAUUCUUUGGACCUUCGAGCCGGAAAUUGUCAUCGACAAAGAUGGGCACCAGCUCGUGCCGCGGCUAAACUUCAUCGAUGAGCUAAACGACCGGUAUAAUGCGGCGCGUCGGUUGGUAGUGCGCGAGGUUGAUGUCCAGUCAACAAUUGCACCCAUAGCACUUGAGGUUGCACAGGAUGGCAGCUACAUGCUCAAGGAAAUUUCCCGGUACGAAGCUGAGCCUUUGGUGGGGGGAGACGAGUCUCAGAGCCUGAUUGAACUUCGCACAACGCACUCCAUCCUUUCGGCCCUGAAGACACCCUUUGGGCAUAGAUUUCUCGCUGUUGGAAUGCCAAUAGGGGAACAGAUCCCAUAUCUGGCGCUGGUCUCCUCACCAGCUUCGGUUAUCCGGAUACCUCGGGAUUCAGCGGUAGCUUGCGCGGUACCGGGCCUCUCGAAUGAAGACGUGCUCCGACUUGUGGCUGCCCAUUUAAUCCCCAUGGCGGUACUUGAGCGCUUUUACAGCGGUCAGACGCUCAUCGCACACAACGUGCCACGUAUUGUCGCAAAUGCUCUGGCUCUUCAGGCAACUGCUAAGGGAAUAAACACGGUAUACCUCACAGAUUUGGCUGACGAUGAUCUGCCCGGAUCGUGGAUUAAGCUUCCGAGGUUCCUGACCCAAUCUGAAAUGGAGGAUAUUUUGGUGACGGCUGAUCCUCCAGCGGGUUUUGCCGGAUUCACCAACCAUGAUGUUGAGAAAUCAGAAAAUGAAGACGCCAUCCUGUCAAACUUGGACUCAAGGUGGCAUACCAUAGAAACGGCGGCAUCCUUGUAUUCCCGUGUUGCUAGUUGCAACAGCAGCAUAACAUCUUCUCGCUAUUCGUCCAGCCUCCAAGGCAUAUUGCGAACUGCUCUGUCGUUUAUAGCGUCGCGACAGCAAGUAACCAUCGGGGGGCAUCUCCCGCUGGACCCGGUCACGGAAUCUGUUUGCCUUGGUUCCCUCACAAGCGGUUCGCAACCCGUGGACCCUCUGUGCGUGGUUGACUGGACAGACCGUACUCCGCUGCCGGUCUGUGUGAGCCGGCUUGAUACUGGCCGCAUGUUCCGAGCGGAUAGUGCAUACUGGAUCGUGGGUAUGUCAGGUGCAUUGGGCAUUUCGCUCGCCGACUGGAUGAUCAGCAAAGGCGUCCGACACCUCGUCAUGACCAGCCGAAAGCCGGAAAUCGCUCCCGAAUGGAUAGCGUCUCACCAACGAAAGGGUGCUAAAGUUACGGUCAUCCCAUGCGACGUGACAAACGAGGCUGCGUUGAAGGAUGUCUAUCAAACGAUACAGAAUUCAAUUCCGCCCAUCGCUGGUGUCAUUCAUGGCGCCAUGGUACUGCGAGACACUUCAAUCAGUAACAUGACGUUCGACCAGCUAACUGAAGUGAUUCGCCCCAAGGUGGAUGGCAGCAUCUACCUGGACCGCAUUUUCUGGAAUGUUGAUCUCGACUUCUUCGUUCUGACUUCUUCCAUCAACACUGUGAUUGGUAAUCUUGGCCAAGCUAAUUACGCCGCCGCCAACGCUUUCAUGUGUAGUCUUGCCGCCCAGCGGCGGAAGCGUGGUCUGCGAGCGGCAGCCGUAAACGGCGGCGCGAUCAUCGGGGCGGGAUACAUGGAGCGCGAAGCCCGAAGAGCCUGGGACCGAAUAGCGCAGAACAACUACAUGAUGCGGCUCUCCGAGGAAGACUUUGUCCAAAGUAUCUGUGAGGCCAUCGACGCGAGCCGGCUAGACUCAUGGCACGGCCCGGAAAUCUCGACGGGGCUCGGUCAUGUGCCAGCUGAUGCGGCGAAUCCCCCUUUCUGGUCAGGGGAUCCAAAAUUCUCGAAUUUUAUCACUUAUCAGCAAGGAGCGUCAGGAAAGGGUGCCGAAUCGAACGCCGGCCUUGCGAUGGCUGCUGCCUCGAUCCAGGACCUCGUUAGAGACUGUCAGUCAGAGCGGGAGGUACAGGAUGUCGUUGAGCAUGCCUUUGCAAACACCCUGCGUGCUAUUCUCCAUGUAAGCACGUCCGACGAGGGGCUGAUGGCCUCUCGCAGCAACGAGAUUGGGCUCGAUUCACUCGUAUCGGUGAACAUUCGAUCUUGGUUUUUGAAGCACCUGCAGGUCGGCAUCCCUGUGCUGAGGAUCAUGGGCAACGGCACCAUGCGAAGUCUCGUUCAGCUCGCCAUUGAAGGUAUGCCACCAGAACUGACACCUCAACUGCACGCAACCAGUCCGGCCGAACACGACGCGGACGCGGGUAGUAAGAGUCCUUCCUUCGGCAGCGACAGGCAUACCUCCUCGAGCGUUACGAUACCCGACACAGGGUCCAUAGCUGACGACGGCGAAGCUGGCAAGACGGGCAGUGACAGCAGCCUGUCGACUACAGUCAUAGACUGGGAAGCCGAGUCUUGCCCUCCUGGCGAGUUGUUGGAUAUCCCUCUCGCCACUGAUUUGCCGCCUCCCUCAAUGCCACCCAGGAUAAUUUUGCUUACCGGCGCAACCGGCCUCCUCGGCCGCCACUUGCUCUCUCACCUGCUCAACCGGACUGGCACCGAAAAAGUAAUCUGUCUCGCGAUCCGCAACCUCUCAUCCCGUCUCGCGAACGGCGAGCUCCCCGCCCCGGGUCCCCGAAUAGAAUACCACGAAGGCGACCUCCCGGCGCCCCUUCUCGGGCUCCCUCCGGACCUCGCGGACGCCAUCUUCUCCUCAGCAGACGCAGUCAUCCACAACGGGGCCGAAACGUCCCAUAUGAAGGACUACUCAUCCCUGCGGGCGACCAACGUCGGAUCGACGACAGCCCUCAUCCGGGCGUGCCUGCCGCGGCGCAUACCGCUGCACUAUGUCUCAUCGGCGGGGCUGGCCAUCCUGUACGGCAAGGAAGCGUUCCCACCGGUGUCAGUGACGGGGCCCGGGUGCGCGCGGCCGGCAACGGACGGGUCCUUCGGGUACGCCGCUGCCAAGUGGACCUGCGAGAGGAUUCUCGAGAGGGUGCAUGAAGCCUAUGGCGGUGCAUGGAAAGUAUGUGUGCACAGGCCGUCAACUAUCAUUAGGGAAGGGAGCGACGCAGAGGAGAGGAAGGCCGGACUCGACUGGGUCAAUGCCAUGCUGGCGUAUGCGAAGAAGAGCAGGACUGUGCCCCAGCUGAACAGGAAUCGUGGGGCAUUGGACCUGGUAAAGGUGCAAACCGCGUGUGAGGAGCUGGUGCGCCGUGUCGUGAAUGGGGAUGAGAGGAUGGAUAGGGGUGAAGUCGGUUAUGUGCACCAAGUGGGUGAUGUGGUCAUUCCUCUCGACAAGCUGGAAAAGAUUGGGCUUGAUGAAGGGGGGAAGCCGUUCAAGGCGCUCCCCAUGAGCGAGUGGAUCGCAAACGCAGUUGAGGAUGGGCUACACCCGGCUGUUGCAGCCUUGGUUGAGAUGCUGGAUGACGAAGGGGCAUCUCACUACCCGAGACUUCUCAGGACGAUUCCGGAGUGAGGAUCAGGAGGACAAAGUAGUUAAUGGGGGGGUGUAGGUAAUAGGCACAUGUGUAUUCUACGCCAUGAUGUCCAUCCAGCCCUUUGUUUACUAGUAGUUACUACUGUAGGAGUAACUUUCAUGCACCUACCGCAGCGUGUGCGGGUUCUGUAAUGCAAAAACCUCACAAGUCAC